CAGCCUCAGAUCUGUUUGGCAACAAGGCUGUGUCUAUUGUACCACUGCUGCUGCUGACUUAUCGAUUUUUGUCUCACCAAAACAAACAUUUCUCCGUUUUAACGGAUCGCAGACCGGACAUCGGUCUCUCUUCCGUCUGACAGCACACAGGAACCGACAUGGAGCUGGGAUUCCUCUGGCUGGCUCUGGCCGCGGUGCUGGGCUCGGUGCUCGGACUCGGCGAGGACCUCGACCGGCCUCUGUUCGGGCCUCCCGGCUCUCCGAUCCGGCUGCAGGAAUCGGAUCCGGGCUUGAAAAAGGCGCUGCUCUUCGCAGAGGAGCGCUACAACCGGGGCUCCAACGCCAUGCACCUCCGCAGAGUCAGCCGGUUCAUCUCCGCCACUAAGCAGCUGGUUAAGGGUAUUCGCUACACAGUAACAGUGGAACUGAGCAACACUCAGUGUAAGAAAUCCGCCAUGCUCAGGACAUGUGACUUCUAUCCUGAGUCACAGAAACUUAAGACUGAAGUAUGCGUGUUUGAAGUUUGGGACAUUCCCUGGCAGGGCACCUCAACCCUGCUCAAACAGAAGUGCCAGCCUAAAGCUGAACUUGAAGUAGAAGAAACCAACAAGGUGGAGGAUCCAUCCACCAGUCAGCCCCUGGAGGAGUCUGUGGAGCUGCUGGGCCAGUUUAAAGAGUUCAUGGUUAGAUAUAAUAAAGACUACAGCAGCCAGGAGGAGGCCGACCAUCGUCUGCGCAUCUUCCACCAGAACCUGAAAACUGCUGAGAAGCUCCAGUCUUUGGAUCAAGGUUCAGCUGAAUAUGGAGUCACCAAGUUCAGUGACCUAACUGAGGAGGAGUUUCGCUCUACUUACCUGAACCCGCUGCUCAGUCAGUGGACUCUCCAUCGACCAAUGAAACCAGCCGCUCCGGUCCAAGGCCCCGCCCCUGACAGCUGGGAUUGGCGUGAUCACGGAGGUGUUAGUCCCGUUAAGAACCAGGGCAUGUGUGGGUCCUGCUGGGCUUUUUCUGUCAUCGGCAACAUUGAAGGCCAGUGGUUCCUGAAGAAUGGAACACUGCUGUCACUUUCUGAACAAGAGCUGGUGGACUGUGAUGGGCUUGACCAGGCGUGCAGAGGUGGCCUGCCAUCAAACGCUUAUGAAGCCAUUGAGAAGCUGGGUGGUGUGGAGACUGAAAGUGAUUACUCCUACACCGGGCACAAGCAGACGUGUGACUUCACCACAGGGAAGGUGGUCGCCUACAUCAACAGCUCUGUGGAGCUGUCCAAAGAUGAGAAGGAAAUUGCUGCUUGGUUGGCUGAAAAUGGACCGAUCUCUGUUGCCCUGAAUGCUUUUGCUAUGCAGUUCUACAGAAAGGGUGUGUCUCACCCUCUGAAGAUCUUCUGCAACCCCUGGAUGAUCGACCACGCUGUGCUGAUGGUGGGAUACGGAGAACGUAAAGGUAUCCCCUUCUGGGCCAUCAAAAACAGCUGGGGGGAGGAUUAUGGAGAGCAGGGUUACUACUACCUGUACAGGGGAUCCAAUGCAUGUGGCAUCAACAAGAUGUGCUCAUCUGCUGUAGUCAACUAAACCACCAGCACCACAUUGAGCUCACGCAUAAACAACAACUACCAGCCGACAUCCUUGCUGCACCUCUCAGAAUGCAUGAAGAUCAUCAUCAGAAGCACAUGCAGCCCGACUGAUGUUUCCUUUCCGUUAAACCAGCCGAGUAUUUCAGCUUCUAGCCUCACACCUCAUGUCAGUUUUACCAAACCACACCAGCUCAGUGAAGCUAGCUCUGAUAAGAAAUCUUAUUGUAAUUUUAAACUAGAUUUUAAGUGCGCAGUUCAUUCCGUUAGUCCUGCUGUGUUUUAGCAUCAUCUCUACUCCCAGUAACUGAUCUGUGCUUGAAGUCUGGCUAGUUCUAGUAAGACUUCUCCUCAGUUUUCUUGGAUGUUUUGUUAACAGUGUUCGUGAUAAUGUUAUGUACUUGAAAGGAUUUUUUCAAAGAUAGGGUUUUGACUUUAUUGUGAUUUGAUCCUUACAAUAAAAACUGCAGUGCAAUUCUACUAACUGCUGUAAAACAGUGAAGAAUGAGUGAAGGUUGAAUAAAAAAGUGUGAAAUCCCA